AUGAACCACGGCGUACACGAGGAAGCGGAAGGUAUGUUUGCGAUGGGCGAAGAGACGAUCACUCUUACCCUCAAGGAGAAGCUCCUCUUUGAGCAGGGUGUUUCGUUCGGCACGCGCGACGUACCUGAGUUUGUCAACAUCUCCAAGGACGACACGCACGCCUGGCCGGCCGUCGCGCGCCGCAUGUAUCCCUCCGCCGUCAACGCGCCGAUGGAGUCCAUCGUGACGCCGUUUGUGAAGAACUCGCUCGCGAUCAGCAACCACCUGAUCGGCGUCCUCACUGACAAGCUCGGGCUCCCUGCGGGCACGCUCGCGUCUCUGCACAAGGUCGAGGGGUUCAGCGGAUGUACGGCGCGGUUCAUCAGAGCGCCGUCGUAUCCUGGGUCGGAGGAGAUGACAUUCCUGACGGUGCACACGGACUUUGGGUCUUUGUGGUUACUGCACAACCGCCUCGGGGGCCUGCAGGUCAAGCCCCUGCCCGGACACGCGAUCUGCAACAUCGGCGACGCCCUCAAUAUCUUCUCUGGCGGCAUCCUACGCUCCAACAUCCAUCGUGUCGUCCCGCCUUCACGGGAGCAGGCCCAGUACGAACGCCACUCCGUCGUGUCCUUCACCCGCCCGAACGACACCAUCGGGCUGUGCGCGCUGUGA